UACGCUACAUGUACCAAUGCCGCUCGACUAGGUUUUCCCUACUGAGUGUACUAGUACAAAUAUGCCGAUUUAUACUUCUGUUACAGCUAUUAUUGCCCAAGAAAUUCUGCAGACUAUACCCAAUGCUACAAAAACUGUCACUGACUUGAGCAGCGUGCUGAACUUGCGUCAGAAUUGGGUCGUCGGAGACUGCAAAAUCGAACAACUUGACGCUAACCAUGAUGACAGUCCUCCUAUUAAACAGUGCCACGUUCAAGACAAAGCGACUUGGCCAAAUACACAGUGAAACUUAUGCAGUGCAAAAUCCAACAGUUGGUAAAGUCAGCCAAGGUAGCAUCACAAGAGACAUGAAUACUGCAGCAAGUGACAACGGUGCCAAAAUACUCGUUCCAAGUCACACUCCAAUAUGGACAGAGAGCCUUAAUGGUAUAAAGAAUGAUGUACAUUUAAGCCAAGAAGAGCAUCAUUUAGAGGAAGAUAAAAGCAAUGAAUUGGACCCUGGUGAAAAUCCUCAUAAAAUUAUGCCACUGACAAAAAGAGGCAGACCACUCAGGAAGAGGUAUUGUUUACAGAAUGCUGCAAGGAAAGGACAAAACACUACUAGUAAUUCACAGUGUGUAGCCCUGGGAGUAGAAGAUGCCAACAAAUAUGAACAAAUGUGUGACUUCUGUGAUGUUAUUUCAAAGACUUGCAAUGAUUACUGUAACCAUAUUAUGAAUGAACAUAUGCUGGAGAAAUGGGUCUGUUCUCUGUGUGGUCUGGUGGGUAAAGACAAAGCAAGCAUGAAGGAUCACUUGGCAUGUAAGCACUGGAAGCUGAGAUAUUUAUGCCACAAGUGUGGAAAAACAUAUAAGCGGUCAGACUACCUGCAAUUGCAUAGUUGUGGUGGGAAAAAGAAGGUGAAAAGACCCCCAAGUAAUUUUCGAUGUCUUAAGUGUGGAGAGAAAUUUGCCAAGAAAACAGGUUUGGUGGCGCAUUUAAAAGGAUGUGAGAAAAAUCUAAACUCAGGGACUGAGUCAGGGACAGAAUUCGGUGAGAUGACCAUGCUACAAAUGGAAAAUAAUCCUGUAGGUGACACAUUUCAACAAACUUCCACCAUAAGGACUCAACAGGACAAUCCACUGAAUGCUGGUGGCAUUGAUAGAAAAAUGAAAGAGAAGAACGAUGUUGCUAAGAAAAUGAAGUCAUUUAACUGGAGUAACAUAAAACCUCACUGUACAGUAGAGAAAGGGAAAGUAUCCUGCAAAUACUGUGACUUUAAAAGUGAAUACCGUUGCCAUUUCAAGGUUCACAUGAAAAGAAAGCACCUGCAGAAGUCUUUACAGUGUUCUUUAUGUGACAAGAUGUUUGGUAUCAGAGCUGAUAUGAAAAGCCAUCUGGAAAAAGUUCACUACAAAGUCAGGCAUGUUUGUAGGAUAUGUGGAAAAAAAUUUACAACCAAAGUAGGUUUGUAUUUGCACACAAAACGACACACCUCUGAAUCUCAAUCUUUCCGUUGUGAAUUAUGUGAAAGAUUAUUUGCCAGUGCACAGUACCUGGAGGUACACAAACUUAAGGCACACAGUGCCAACCCUCCCUCAUAUGUCUGUGAGCAAUGCGGCAAUGCAUAUGCCAGCAAGUAUUAUUUACUGGAGCAUCAGAGAAUGCAUGAAGGUACCCCUGUAUACUGGUGUCCACAUUGCUGUAAGCCGUAUUACUAUAGGAGGUCUUAUGAACAGCAUUUGGAAACCCACAACGAGCAUAAAAGAUACCAGUGUCAAGUCUGUGGGAUGCAGAUGCACACCCGUGGUGCACUGAAUACACACAUGCGAACACAUACAGGAGAGCGUCCAUAUGCCUGUGAGGAAUGUAAGAAGAGGUUUACACAGAAAAGUGCUCUAACACGCCACAAACGUAUCCACACUGGAGAAAAGCCAUUUCAGUGCCAGUUGUGUACUAGAAAGUUUAAUGAUGCUUCCAUAUUAAGAAGGCAUAUGGCCAUACAUCAAAAGUCAUAAAAAUAGUGGUAUUAACUGUGUACUUAUUUUAAUUAUUGUGCCAAAUACCCAAUUUGUUUUUGUAGAGUGACUUUAUUAUAAUUUAGAUAGCAAUCUUUAAUACUGUGCAAUUUUUGUCUUCACAAUUUUAUUUUUUUCCAAACUUUCUUUGGUGGUUUUGUUCCAGAAACUGA